AUGCAAAUCAAAACUAUCCUUGCAGUCUUUGCCAUGGCCAGCUUGGCCUCUGCAGCUCCAGAACCCGAAGGCUUAGAAAAACGGGUCUGUUCAGGCACCAGAUUCUGCUGUAAUGCUUAUUUCCCAUUCAAUUUCCUCGUUAUUUCACACCUCGGAAGUGGCUGCGUGAAGACCCCCACCGCUGCCUGUACAUUCCCCAAAAAAGAGGCCUGCUGCUCCAAACCUCAACUUCAGUCUAACGGAGACCUUGCCUGCUUUAAAUAA